AUGAUUACACGCAAUCCAAUUGUGCCGGAAAACCACGUUUCGAAUCCAGUAACGGAUUACGAGUUUAAUCAGGAUCAAUCGUGCCUUAUUCUAUCUACUUUGAAGAGUUUUGAGAUUUACAAUGUGCAUCCUGUAGCACACAUCAUGAGCCAGGAGAUGCGACAUCUAAGCAAGGUUCGGAUGUUGCAUCGGACAAACUAUGUUGCAUUUGUGACUGGAGUGAAGGAAGUGGUGCACAUCUGGGACGAUGUGAAGAAACAAGAUGUGUCAAGAAUUAAGGUUGAUGCGCCUGUGAAGGAUCUGUUCCUCUCGCGAGAGUUCAUUGUGGUAUCAUAUGGGGACGUUAUAUCUGUUUUCAAGUUUGGGAACCCCUGGAAACGGAUAACUGAUGAUAUACGGUUUGGAGGGGUUUGUGAGUUUUCGAACGGGCUGCUGGUGUACUCGAACGAGUUCAACCUGGGCCAGAUUCACAUAACAAAGCUACAAUCAUCCGGUAGUGCAACGACACAGGACCAGGGUGUGCAACAAAAGGCAAUACUUGGGAAAGGUGUUCUGAUAAAAGCCCACACGAAUCCGAUCAAGAUGGUAAGGUUAAACAGGAAAAGCGAUAUGGUAGCGACGUGUUCACAGGACGGAACCAUUAUUCGGGUGUUCAAGACGGAGGACGGGGUGUUGGUACGAGAGUUCAGGAGAGGUCUGGACAGGGCCGAUGUUGUGGAUAUGAAAUGGUCUACGGAUGGGUCGAAGCUUGCUGUUGUGAGUGACAAAUGGACGUUGCACGUCUUUGAGAUCUUCAACGACCAGGACAACAAGAGACACGCUCUUAAAGGAUGGAUCAACAUGAAGUAUUUCCAGAGCGAAUGGAGUUUAUGCAAUUUCAAGUUGAGUGUGGAUAAACACGUUCGCGGGUGCAAGAUUGCGUGGAUAUCGGAGUCGUCGUUGGUGGUGGUGUGGCCCCACACAAGGAUGAUUGAGACGUUCAAGGUGGUUUUCGACGACGAGAUGGAGCGGUGGUUGAUCCAGAUGGAUCAAAGGGAGCAACUAAUGAUCUGA